GCCGGCUUACCUGAUUUGGUAGGAUUUGAUAACCUGAACCGGGAAAUGCUUGGAUUCUUUUAUGGAUAUUCUAGGAUGUUUCAAUCCUAAAUCCCCAUUGCGGCAACACACGGGGCAACACAGAUCUGCUGGGGUACGUUGCAGUGACUAUUCUGCACGCAUCGCUUGCAUCCCAUGUCACCCACUCAGCACUCCCCAUCGCUUUCUGCAUCGUCUCUGCAGCAUCUCCCCUCAUCUUGCCGUGAUUGGGGCUGCGUAGAACCUUUCUACCUGCGUCUGCUACUUUGUUAAGCCCGAUAGUAUUAAAAAAUAGUCCCUUGCAGCUGGACCUAUAGCGGGUCCACAAACCACUGGUCUACUGCCCCUUUUGUUCUAGUCGACGCCGCCGCGCCACGAGCCGUAAAUAAUUCUGCGAAAGUCCCCACGUUCCCUCCCCCCGGUACCUAGACGAUUGAGUCUUAACGUAACAUUGGCAUCUUUAUAUACUGACGACAUACGACCUCGACCAAAUUACGACGCUGUCAAUAGAGAAUAUGUUUCAUCCCGAAGUUACCGUAAACACGGCGUUGUGGGUCAAGAUUUCUCCAAAUACACAUUCAACAUGAGCACUACUACAGGCAGCAGUAUAAGAAGCUCGAUGCUCAAGCAUUGGAGGAAUAGCAGCAUCGCUCUCGGUCGUAGCGGGAGUAAAAGGAGCAAAAGCGAAGAGAAGGCCGCCAAGAGAAAGUCUGUUCAACCCGUCGCUACUACCACCACCAUCUCAACGACCAAAUCUCCCGAGUCUAAGGUAGAAGCGCCGCCUGUUAAGGCCCCCGAAAAACCGAUGGAUGAUAGCGCUGAAUCGACCAACGCGGCUGCAUCCUCAUUCAAGGGUACCAGUGUCCAUGUGACGGUACACAUCGCGCCAGAGAACGUCGAGAAGUUUCUGGCUGUAUUCAAGGAGGUUUUCGAUGUCGUGGCUGCUGAGCCAGACUGUCUAUUCUUUGAGGUUUACAGAUCCGCCGAAGAACCAGGAAAGAUCAGUUGGGUCGAGAAUUGGGGAAAGGAAAUGCAAUGGCUCAUGGAGAAUCAACUCACAAAGCCGUACUAUAAGGAGUACUUCGAGAUAACCGAGCCCAUGUUCCUGAAGCCUAGGGAGGUUCGAAUCUUGGAACCUGUGGGACCUGGAUUCACAAUGAUUAAGGCGAGCCAUUAGAUGCUGCGAGGCCAAGUCGCAGUUGUUGACCGACAGCGCCUAUAAUUCCUACUAAUAAUAUUAUACCAUAAUACAAGUCUCACGUCUAGGCAGCGGAUAUCAUGUAUCGCCUAGGUGGGAAAGGGGCGUCAAGGAAACAUGAUAG